UGUGUUGGAGUGUGAGUGUGUGUGAGGUGGGCAGGGGGUCCAGGAGGUAGAGCAACAUGGUACACAAGAUCUUCUCUGAGCUACGGGCACAUCGUCCAUACACUCUCCUUCACGACCAUGACUCACUACCAGAGAAGGUGUGGUUGUACCCAGAGGAGGGUUGGGCCAGGGUGUGUUGCAACAGUCACUGGCUCCUCAAGACACCUUGGUGGUCCACAAGACACUGCUAUAUACUCGAGGUGGAGGGCACCAAGAAACACAGGACUGUGGGUCGUGUGUUGCCUGCGCGGGCCGGGGAGGUGGUAGUGGAAGGCAGCUUCCGUGGAGUCACCGAUGGCGACUUCCGGCUUGUGUUGACCUCCACGGUGACCCCAGCUGACCAGCAGCGAGGCUACCUCAUGACAGGUUCUCUGGAGAAGGGCGACCGCAAGCUCGGCAGGUGGCAAACAACCCAUCUGGCCGUCACAAAGAGAUCCGGCUUCCCCUGAAGACAGCAACUGACAGGUCGUCAACAUAUCCAUGAAGAGGCUUCUAUGUUUGCCCUAAUUUGACCUCAAUCCAGUCCUAGCUGAGAGCUAGGGCUAGCUUGGGUUCUUACACGGUGUACAAGUUAGCCUCAAGCAGCUGUCAUCCAGUGAAGCUGAAAGGUCUCAUCUGUGGUGACCCUAGCUCAAGUAUAGCCUUACAUCAACCUCCAACACCAGUCCCCUCAGUCCUCAGUCCCCAGCACUAGUACCCUCGGUCCCCAGUACUAGCACUGACAGAAUUACCAACCAUCAUAAAAUAAACAUUCAAAUAAUAAAGAUUCAUUUAAUCAGA